AUGGACCACUUUGCGAACUCAAGCGACGCGAACGAAGAGGAAAAGGCCUUCACCAUCCCACUGAUUCGAAUGCGAGCCAAGAACGCCACGCAGAAUCUCAUUAUCAACCCCGGCGGUCCUGGGGCUAGUGGUAUCUUCUUCGUCUAUCAGAUCGGCGACGAGCUCAACACAAUCCUGGACGAAGGGUACCACAUCCUGUCAUUCGACCCUCGCGGCGUGAACGGGUCCAAGCCCAAGGCUGAGUGCUACCCUGAUGACGCCACUAGACGGGCCCACUCGAUGCCUAGGAGCGGCCCCCUUUCAGACACUGGCGAUAUGUAUGCUUGGAACAAGAACUUUGCCCGCGCUUGUUAUGAUAAUAUGGGGGAGCACGCCAAGUAUAUAAACACGCCCCAGACGGCCGCAGACAUGAACUCCAUCCUCGACGCCGUCGGCCAGGAGGACAUGAUCUACUGGGGCUUCAGCUACGGCACGACGCUGGGCCAGACCUACGCCACCAUGUACCCGGAGCGCUCGAAGCGGGUCGUGAUCGACGGGGUAGCGAACAUCAACGACACGUACAGGAGGCUGGACCCCGACCAGAAGCAAUUCAGCGACACCGACAAGGUGCUCUACGGAUUCUUCGACGAGUGCGUCAAGGCAGGGCCCGACCGCUGCCCACUCGCACCAUUCGGCAGCACCGCGGACGAGCUCCAGGAGGCGGUCAUGUCACGCGUGGAGAGACUCAGGGACGAGCCCCUGAGCGUGUACGUCAACAGCACCGUGUACGGCAUCUUCGACUACCCCAACCUCCUGACCAACGCGGUAUUCUACACCCUCUACGGCCCCAGGAGGGCGUGGGCCCCCGUGGCGGGCCAGCUCGCGAGGUGGAUGGGGGGAAACGCGACGGAGCUCUGGAUGGUGCACGGCCGCGCGGACCAUUACGCCAGCAUCGGCGAGGCCAUCCGGUUCGUGACGUUCAACGACGCCAGGUCCGGGCCGGGGUACUGGCCGCAGGGCCGGCAGGACGUGGUUGAUGAGAUCGUGCGCGUCGCGAACCAGAGCCUCUUCUCGAGGAUCGACAUGUCCGGGUUCUUUGGCAGGCAACAGUGGAUCAUUCCCCGCACGCACGACUUCGUGCCGCAGGAGAGAGUCGAGACCGCUCACCCGCUGCUCAUAUUGACGACCAGCUAUGACCCCAUAUGCCCGAUCAAAGGGGCCUUCUUUGCUAGGGACAUGUUUGUCGGGUCUCAGAUCGUCGAGUUGAAGGGAUAUGGGCAUUGCUCGGAUGCAAUGCCAUCGCUCUGCGUUGCCCGGCAUGUCAAGGCUUACUUCGACGAGGGCACGGUCCCAGAGAACCACACGCAGUGCGAGGUGGACGGAGAGUAUUUCCCCAGUCAUGGUGAGGAUGAGAAGGUGAUUGAGGGCCGCGGGCUGCUGUCAUUCAGUGACCCUGAGAUGGAACGUAUUCAUCUGGCACAGCGCAGACUGGCUCGGAAGUGGCCUGCCUGGUGA